AUGGGCUUUAUCCGGCCGGGUCGUCUCCGAUCCCUUCUGCUCGCCUCCCUCGCGUCGAUCCUCGUGUGCACCGUCUAUCUUUACUGGACUCCAACUACUGCCUCGGCCACUGUCUCCGUUGUCCCGAGUACGGCAUUUGAAGUCCCGCUUUCCGAGCGCCAGAAAGAAUUUUGGAGAACCCUUCAGCCGAUUCUGGACCGACAUCAUCCCAAUUGCCCGUCUCCCGAAAAACAUGGCGACGCUGGUGCCAAUCAUUUCGAUCCGAAUACGGAUGCACCGAGGCCGGACGUGACGGUGAUGAGCGCCGAGGCACAAAAGUCGAUGGGGGAUGCGCACGCCAACUUCAUCGAGGAAAUCAAGCACCCCGCAAAGGCCUUGAAACCCGUUCAUACACCGGGAAAACGAGGUCUGGUGUCCACCGCCGGCGCAAAAUACCUCCCUGUGUUUCUGUCGAGCUUGCGCAUGCUCCGCCGGGCUGGAUCGACUCUUCCUGUGGAAUUAUACAUGAAGGAUGCUGGUGAAUACGAGAAGAAAAUUUGUCGCGACGUUCUCCCCCAGCUCGAUGCGCAAUGUAUCGUUCUCGCCGAUGUGAUGGGGAAGAACGUCAUUGAACAUUACCAGCUGAAGAUCUUUGCUGUCUUAUUCUCCUCUUUUGAACAAAUCGUCUGGAUGGAUGCAGACUGUUUUCCGCUGGGGAAGCCAGAGGACCUGCUCGAAUCCGAUCCCUUUGCGUCGACGGGACUAGUGACCUGGCCCGACUUUUGGGCGUCUUCCGCGUCCCCUUUGUACUACAAGAUCUCGGGGCAGGAGGCACCCCCUAUGACAGCUCGUCAAUCGUCAGAGACGGGCGUAUUCCUCGUCUCCAAAAAGACCCAUUUGCUGCCCUUGAUGCUCGCCGCCUAUUACAACUUCUACGGUCCGUCGCACUAUUUCCGACUCUUGACCCAAGGUGGGCCGGGGGAAGGCGACAAGGAGACUUUUCUUCACGCUGCCAUGGCUUUGGGCGCGCCUUUCUACACCGUAAGCGAGAGAGUCCAAGCCAUUGGCCAUCAAAACGGGGACAAGUUGUCUGGUUCAGCAAUGGCUCAAACAGAUCCCCGGGAAGACUUGGCCCUUACCAAGCAGGACAAAUGGCGUGUCAAAGAUUCAUCCGUUGCGCCAGCGCCUCGGCUAUUUUUCGUCCAUGCCAACUACCCCAAAUUCAACCCGGGUGACAACGUCUUCGGCCUGGGGUGGGAGACGACCCCCACGAUCAAGGCCGAUGGAUCGGAUAGUCGAGCGUGGACUGCACCACCAGACACACUUCGCCGAUUUGGAUACGAUGCGGAGAAAGCGUACUGGGAAGAGAUCAAAUGGGUGACCUGUAAUCUCGAAAAUGUAUUCGAGUCGUGGAAGCACAAGGCUGGUCUUUGCGACAAGGUGGAAGACUAUUGGAAGAACGUCUUCGCCGAGCCGCAUGACGAUGAACCCACGUUUACCCAGGACGGCUGA